AUUUGACACUAAUGACAGUUUAAAUAAAAAGCGGAAUACGCGGAUGCGUCGUGUUUGCCGGGAAACUUCUACUAGUUUUACUAUCGUUCAAUGUUAAUCAUAUGGAUUAUUAAUUAGAUCUUCAUCAUGGAGAUAGAAUGUACUCAAAAGCUUGAGUGUACCCAGGAGCUAAAUAACACGCAAAUAGAAAGAACUGACCCCGAACAGAUUGGCUUCCUGGGAAUACAGGGUGCCACAUACCCCAUAAAAAGAGGUCCCAACAAAAUAGGCAGAGAUCCACAAGCAUGUAGGAUUUACCUGAACCUGAACUCAAUAUCCAGGCAACAUGCGGUGAUAAACGUGUUGAGUUUGAGCGACAUAAUGCUUAUGGAUUUAGAUUCUUCCAAUAAAACAAAAGUACAAGGUAAAACCUUGCAGCCAUACAUACCUUACCCGCUCAAAAACGGCGACAUGGUCCAGUUUGGUGCCAUAUUCGGUGUGUUCAGGUUGCUCGAGGAUGACAAUGACUUGCCGAUGACACAGGCUAUAGAUCUGCCUUGUACUCCGGCCCCGGUGCCCAAACAAAUGUCUAGGCUGGGGGCUCCGGUUUUGGUGCCAGAGUCGCCUGAAGUCAGUGACAUGGAUGACUCCUUUAUAAUGCCAUCACAACCUAAAAAAUCGUCAGAAUUCAAGAGCCCCAUGAACAAAUUUAUAAAACCUUCCAACAAAACUGUUGCUAUACAACCAAUGGGCAGCAAAACAAUAGACAAUGCUUACUGGGCCUCUGCUAGGAAAUCAGACUCAUUUAACUUCCAAUUAGAUGAUUCAGGAAGUUCUUUCAAUGACUCAUCUGUUUCAAACAAAUCAAAUAAAAUUGUUGAAGAAAGCAAUGAUAAUAUCCAUGAAAUGGAAACCCAGCAGCCUUUUAAAGCUAAUGAUAGUACAGAUUCUAUUUAUACUGCUAAUACGCAAGUAGCUUCGCCUUCCGUACAUUGUAUGGAAACGCAGCCACCUGUCUUAGAUAUUCAUGUGCAAGACACGCAGCAAGCGCCUGACAUUCACGCUCUGGACACACAAAAUGUACCUGACACUAUACAUAAUUGUGACACGCAAGCUCCAAUCACAGAUAAAUUACCUGAAGUACGCAAAUUAGAUGACCAGGAAAAUUUACAAAUUGAUCUGUUCUUAGCAAAUAAAGAAAAUGAGAAUAGUUUGGACAAUAUAUUUAAUGCAGAAACGCAAGCGUUUGUUGUAGAAAAGGAACCAGUUUUGGUUGAACCAAAGAAAUCUGAGAAUAUUAAUAAAAGUGUUGAUGAAUCAACUAAAAUUAAGGAUGACUCUGAUGAAGAAAUUGCGUUUGAAGAACUGAAUUCACAAUCAUUCCAUGACGAUUUUGAGUCGCAGCCGAUUAUGCUGUCUGGCAAAGUUUCCCCACCAAUAGAGAGGAUAGAAAAGAUUGAAGUAAGCUUGAAUAAAAUCAGACGAGAGUCCGGCAGUUCAACUGAUUGUGAAGAUAUGGAUAUCUUACCAAAUCAAAAAUUAUCAACUGAUAUUGACAUGUUACCAACCCAAAAGAUUAUAGUUGACUCGAAAACUGAGAAAAUAAAUAGUGAUAUUGGUGUUCUGCCAAUUCAAAAAAAUGUUGAGGAUAUAGAGAUGCUGCCUACUCAAAAAAUUGUGAAUAAUGAUGAUGAUAACUUAACCGAUUGUGAAGAUGAAGAUGAAUUAGUCAAAAAUGACGCCAAAGUAGCAAACGCUAGCGCGAGCCCGGAAAUAGAUUUUGAAGAUAUGGCUACACAAAUUAUUGGGGAAGACGUAAUAGAAGCUGAGAUAAAUAAAACUGUAGACAGUGUAGACCAAACUGAUGGCCUCAGUAAAGGAAUCAGUUUUGAAGAGUUGCCCACACAAAUAAUUACAGAUGACUCUAAGGAAGAAAAUUUCGAAGAAUUGCCAACUCAAAUUUUAACUGAUGAAGGAGAAAUUGAUAAACCAAAUGAAGAGGUUUAUUCUGAAGAAAUGAUUAGUCCUUUUAAAGUACCUUUCCGAACUCCUUUAAAAGCUAAGAAGACUCCCACGAAAGCGUCAACUCCAAAAGUUGUAAUAAAUGUUGAUGAUGAUGACGAUCCCAACUAUUAUGCAGCCACGCAAGAUUUAUUGAAUGAUCUCUGUACUCAAAGAGAACCAUCAACAGAUUCUAUCAAAGAAAAUUCGUCAAACCAGAAAGAAAAAGGUGAUGAUGAUGAAUUAGUACCAUGUUCCGUAGAAGGUUACGAAAUGGGUGAUAGAUUUAGACACAUAGAAAGUGAUAUGUCGCCAAUAAAGAAAUCAGAGAGUGGAGAAUCUUCCAGUGACACUGAGACGGAGGAGGUGUCUGAUCAGGACUCUGGAAUCACCCACAUUAAGAAGCGGAAACCAAGAGUACAUGCCAAACGAGAUCUCUCUAAAAAGCUCGAAGAACUACCUUCUAGAGUUAUGACGAGAGUUCGUAAACCUACUCUUAAAGUACGAGAAUCUCUCAAGAUGGCUGAUAGUGAUGAUAAUAUUGAUGCAGAUAUUGUAAGCGAAAAUAUAUCACGUUUAAAAAGCAAAACAGUCAAAAAGAAAGAGAAAGAAGGUGAGCAGUCUAAAAGAUUAGACGAGCCCACAAAAAGGCCUCAUUCGCGGAAUGAAAAUAAGAAAAAGGACAAACCAAUUGAAGAGUCUGUAAGUGACAGUAAGGGUAGAAGUAGUCGAUCUAAAACAAAGAAAUCCGAGGAAACUAAAUCAAAAACUGACGAUCAUAAAGACUCUGAUGAUAAAACAGUUAGGAGUACACGAAGUACAAGAAAUAACAAACAUAACAGUAAAGACGAGAAAUCAAAGGGCAAAGAACAGAAGAGCAAAGAGGAAAAGAAAUCCACAUCAAGAAGUGAAUCUAAUUCAAGAAAAGAUUCUCAUUCUAGGAAUCAUUCUAAAUCUAGAAGCGAUUCUAAAACCAGAAGUAAUUCUAAUAACAGAAGUGAUUCAAAAACUAGAAGUGAUUCUAAAAAUAUAAGCGAUUCUAAGAGAAGUGAUUCUAAAACCAGAAGUGAUUCAAAAACUAGAAGUACUAGAAGCACUAAAGAAAACAAAAACACAUCAAAGUCCGAAGACAAAACCCCAGAAACAGAGAUACGAAGAAGCUCACGACAAAAAUCUAAAGAAAUCACACCAAAACAUGAAAACAGUACUGUAUACUUAUCCUCAGAGUCCAGUACAGAGUCGCCUAAGAAUUUAAAAAGGCCAGCGACGAAUGAGUUGGAAGUGCCAAGUCCUAAACGAACAAGGUCUUUGCCAAUUUCUAAGAGUUCAUCGACAUGUUCAGCCAGUACGUCUGUACAGAGCACUCCGGUUAGGGCUGAAACGCAAUAUGUUUUGUUCACGGCGUUUUCUAAUGAUGAUGUGAGGAGUAAACUUGAGAAGUUAGGAGCAGUAAUAGUCACAGACGUGAUGUCGUGCACGGUUCUGGUGACGCUUCAAAUAAAGCGCACGUUCAAGUUGUUGUGCGCGGUGGGGCUCGGGAGGCCCAUCGUCGGCCCCGAGUGGGUGCAGGCCUGCGCCGACACCAACACUAUAGUUGACCCAUGGCUGUACCUAAUAAAGGACUCGCAAGCAGAGAGGCGGUUCCAGUUUAGUCUAGAGAGGACCCUUAAGGGCGGGAGGAACUUCCUCGAGGGAUACCACGUGUCGGCCACGCCCAGCGUGAUGCCUUCCGCGCAGGAGAUGAAACUGAUCGUGGAGUGCUCGGGCGGGGCGUGGCAGGCCUCGGGGCCUAACUGGGUGUGCGUGACGUGCGCGGCGGACCGCGCGCUGUGGGGCGCGCUGCGGCGGCGCGGCGCCGCGCUCGUGUCCACCGAGUUCAUCCUCGGCGGCGUGCUGCGCCAGCGGCCUGACGUCGAGGACGCUUCCUUCGGAGAGCCCACGGCACGUGCAGCCAAGAAGGAACCUUCCGGAGACCUUGUAUCCACUACAGCAGCCAGGAAGCCGGACUUCAUAUGCCCCGAGUGCGGCCGACGGUGCCUCUCUAGAAUAGGGCUCACCUCACACGCCAGGUCACACACCAAAACCUAA